AUGAGUGUGCAAGCAACCGUAGCAUUGUUGAACAAGAAUGCUGCUGUCAAUACAAACAACAGCACCACCAUUGCCACCAGUGCAAAACCCCCCAUCAACAAAAUUGGUGGCUCAACAUGGAAAGAUGGCAAAGAUAAUCGUACAUCCAUCAUCACCAACAAAUCCGCAAGAGCGGCUGAAUUAGAACGUAUCCGCUCAACUGGUGGUGGUGUAGCAUCCAUGUUGAGCAAGUUUGAUCGAUCUGAAUUCAACGACACGACGCCUACUACUAUGAAAAGAAACACCACAAGUGGUAUUCUUAGCCAUCGAUCCAGCAGCCUAUCUAGAUCAUCAAGUGUCAAACAACGAUCACCAAAAAAUUAUCAUGGCAUUGUCAGCAGCCACAAUACAAGUCGAAUUGAUGCGAUCAUGCAUGAUUUAGUUGAUAUGUAUCAACAAGCUGUGGAACACUGCAAUGGGCAGCAUACAACAACAAGAUGUGGGACUACUACGACUACUAGGAAUGUGGAUAAUCAGCAGCCAUUGUGCAAGCGUUCUGCCAACAAAGCCGAGAAAGGGGAUAGUAGCUGCAUUGCUUCUUUGGAUGAUGAUGACGACGACAACAACAAGGGCGCACCCAAUAGUAGGGACGAUAAGGAGGAGAAUGAUACCAGGACAAGUACCGAUGAUGACCUCCUUAUUGUCAAGAAACAAUUGCUGGCGAUGGAAAAGGGAGCUCAGUCAGUCUUUGAGCGACAAGCUCGCGACCUUGAGAAUGAGAGGAAACAAACACGAACGCUUACGGAGGUUGUGCAUAAGCAAGAAGAAUUGAUUGCAGCUCUAGAAGGCAAGGUCUCCUCAGCACAAUGUGAGCGUGAUGAAUUGCUCUUGCUGCAGGAACAAGUGGAGUUACAGCAACUCGAAAUCAAGGACAAACGCAACCUGCUUUCAAGAUUACUAGAAGAACGAGAGGAGAUGUUCAAGCUGCUACGUAGCCAACAAAGCAAUUACAAUAAUAAUGGAUCAAUGCGUUCCACAUCAGCUGACUUGCCAUCUUCAGAGAGACCUCAUCCUCAACAAUACCAUCGUCAUCUACUUUCGCGUGCUUCAUCCCCAGCUUUACGACAAACAGCAUUGGUAAGAUCAUCAUCCGGCUUAUCGUCUCGUCCAACAUCUCCACCACCUUUGACAGCACCUCCUCGAGAUCCUCUUCCUCCUUUGCCAAAGUCAUCUUUUCGUGGGUCAUCCGCAUCUUCAGCAUCCACAUCCUCGGGAAGUUUCUUAUCACCCACCACAUCUUGGUCUUCAGCUGAUUAUGCAGCAGCAUUAGCCCCUGUAAAAUUACCAGAUGGUAUUGCUGCUUCUGGUUAUUGUGGAGCACCCUCUGAUAGUCAACAACAACAACAACCUGUAUGGCUUGAUUAUAACUCUACGCAUGUGGAUGUCUUACCACCCACACCACCAGGUACCAUUGGUCGUCAACCAAGCUUCAAAUUUUCUAGGAAACGUAGCAGCAGCAACAAUUCAUCCUUUUGGAAAGGCUGGAAGCAAAAAUUGGGAUCUCGUUCGUAG